UAUUUUAUCUAUGAAAACUUUCUGUGCUUCAAUCAGGAAAGCAGGCUGCAGGAGUGUAAAUCUUUAAAUUCGAUUCACAAAUAACUAUUUGAAAAUGAGGAUUAUUACAAGGAAAUUAUGUUCUAUGAAUACACUCACAGCAGAUAAUUUGAGAAAUUAUUUAAAAGGAUGUAACCGCUUCGAAGGAGUGCUGAAAAACUUAGAGGUAAUAAGCCUUGAGAAUGGUAAAUGUGUAGCCGAGAUGGACAUAAAAAAAGAACACACAAAUCCUAUUGGAACUUUGCAUGGAGGUUUAACUGCUACCCUUGUAGAUGUUAUAUCAUCGUAUGGUUUAAGUUCAUUGGAAAAAGCUAAUGUAGCUCAUGUAUCGGUUAAUUUGAAUAUAAGGUAUUUGAAAGGAGGACAAAUGGGAAAAACAAUUGUUAUUGAAUCAGAUACAGUCAGGUGUGGUAAAACACUUGCUUUCCUAGAAGUUACUCUAAAAGAUAAAGAGACUGGAAGUAUAUUAGCUAAAGGUGAACAUACCAAAUAUUUAUUGAAUUCCUCAUAAAGAGUUGAUCCAGGGUGAUAUUGAAGCUUAUAGAAACAAAACACAAUUCGUAGAAAGGAUAUUGUUAAUAAUGUAUAGUAGACAUUCAUGUGUUGAAUCUUUGAUAUUCCAAUUAGAUGAAUAUGAGAUAA